GGAAUUAGUUACACACAUUUAAAAACAAAAUCUGAUCAAAAUGCUUUACAUAUUGGCCAAAUAUUUUAUGAUAUUUCUCAUAUUUUCUGAUAUUCAAAUCAGAAAAUAUAAGCAAAAUUCACCUGAAAAUUACAAUUAUCUAUAUUUUUUUAAUUUCUAUAUACACAGAUUCUAGCAAAAAAAAAAAAUUAGAAUAGAUGACAGCUAAUUUGUUUUGCCAUACUUAGCAAUCUGGUAGCUAUUAGCUUAGUUGGGCUAGCUGCUCUGCUACUUGUAGCAUGCUAGCUUUAGCUUUGAAACGGUGGCGUCGCAUGUUUUUGGGAUAUUUUCAGAUGUCCAAUGUUCUGCUAUCUGUCAGUGCUACGCGUCCAAAGCUGCUACCGUCAUGUUUACAAACAGAAAACUAUAGCAGGUUGUGUUAAUGUUAAAUAUAAUAUAUAGUAGUAUAACAUUAUUUGAGUGACGGCACUGAAGUGGAAGCUUAGGAGUUUUGCUUAGCUUGGCAUUGGAACAAUUUAUAUACAAGACGAAACCACAAGAAGAUCACUUCCUUCAUCUGAAUAUCCAACCCGUUUAAAAUGAAAAGCUGUAGAUGUUAUGCACUAAUACUUUUACUAGAAUAUCCAACCCGUUUAAAAAUAUUUGAAGUACAGAGGUGUAGGAAUAAAACGGUAUCAGACAUUGGAAACGCGUUUUUAUUUGAAUUAAAUUAAACACAGAUUUAAAUUAAAUACGGAUCACCGCAACUCUUUUGGCGCAUUGUGACAGACUUGAUCAAACGCAGCGCAGCCACAACGUGUCCACCGAACUGCGCAGGUCAUUGUGUCCCUGAAAUGAAGGGAUAUGACUAAUAUACACCAAUAUUACACAGCUUCAAUCCCACAUAGUAUCGCUAACAUCCAAUUAGCAAAGUUUAAUAUCAAAAAAGAGUGUAAUUAAACUAAAAUAUUUUAAAAUAUAGCGACAAACUAGCCCAAAAAGCAACGUAUUUUGUCCUGGUUAACCGCCAAACAAUGACUUGUUUACAGCAGUAACGACUUUGCAGAAGGCAAACUAAAGCCAUUCAUAAGCUGCCUGUCAUGUAAAGUAAUGCAGCAGCUUAAUGAAAGCCAGGUAUAAAAUAAAUUAAAUAAAGCUGACCGUAAUCUUCAACGAUACAAAACACAUGAAACAAAACUUCCACAGGUAGGACGUAUUUAUAAGAAAUCUGCUGAGUAAGCAGUAUAUAACGUAGCAUCGAUGUGCUAGCUUUGACAUAACUAUGCUAAUAGAAUAGCAUAGUUAUGGUAUGCUAUUAGCAUAACUAAUAGCAUAGCAAUAGUUAUGCUAUUGCUAACUAUUGUCUCGUUAGCAAUAGCAUCUUACCCCCAAGCUGAUUGUUGGUCUGCAGAAACAGGUGGGGGAGGGGCCAGCACCAUUUUUAAUUUUUUUUUUACACUUUGCGACAGUGUAUGAUCGGUUCGGCUCAACACAGCCGAGAGCCGGCCGUCGGCGGCCCGUCUGAAGCACAUGACCCAGUCAAACACGGGCGCUCAGGUGCGCCGGGUUUCAGUCAUCUGGCUCAUGCAAACACCGAGACGAGGGGGAGCCUACUUUGUAAACACACAUGUUCGGAUUGUGUGUGUUUUGUGAAUGACCUGUGUCUGUGUGCGUGUGUUUAAGGGUGUCUGCACGCCUCCUCCCAGUUACUGCUGGCCUAUUUUAAGUAAGCGUCAAAAGGCCCACUUAGAUUCGGUUGGCUGGAAAGUCGGCCUGCGCCACAGAGCGCUUCUUGUUAACUGAAGACGCCCCCCCAUCCCUCCCUACCUAACCUAACCUCCCCACCGCCUGGAUAUCCACAUGUCCUGCCUCCUCAAAGGGCUCAGUCAGCAAAUAUUUGAAGCUUUUGCAAGUUAAUCAUAAGACUGAACGCCCACCCCAUUCGUCCUUUACAAACGUAGGAGGAAAAAAAAAGAAAGAGGGAAAAAAAAAAGAAGGGGAAAAAAAAAAAGAGGGAGUGACCACAGAAACUUGAGACUCUGGAUUCAGGGCGACACCAGAGCAGCUACUGCUAAUCAUUAACCAUCCGCCUCCACGUGAGCAGGCCUCAGGCUCGGCUCAGAAAAGGAAACGUUGUCGGGGCAGGGGGAGGAGCAGCAGCAGCAGCAGGAGGGAGGGAGGAGAGGAAAGGAAAGAGGGGAGGGAGAGUCUGAGCAGAAGCUGAACGCUCAGUCAGACAGAGCGGGGCGAGCGAGUCAGUCACACACUCAGCCCGGUCGCACGCAGCACCUGCCCAGAGGAUUACCUGGAUUUUAUUAAGAAGCGCGCAGAGCAGCAGCUCUUUUGAAGAAUUAAAACGAGACGCAUCCUCAUACCCGAGGAAGAGGAGGGGCGGGGACAGCCCAAACUAUGAAACGGAGCUUCGUCGAACUGGAUUUAAUUCAACCUGUGGAACUGAAAGAGACGCUUCAGAAGGGACUUUUCAUCCACUGAGACAUGCACAACUUACAGCGUGAGUUUGACGCUCCAGGAUGUAUCUCUACUUUUAACCUGUGAACUCUUGCAAAAUAUAUAUAUAUAAAAAAAAACAACCACACACAAAGAUAUCAUUUUAUUUUUUAUUUUAUUAUUAUUAUUUUUUUUUAAAGAAGCCCAAUCGUCUCUCAGAGCUGCUUCAGGCACACGGCUGUAUAAGUAACUCUCCGGUCCACACCGGCUCUAAAACCCUCGCAUUAUUUUUAGAUGCGCUGUCUCGAGAGAGAGAAAGUCUAAAUAAUUUAAAGUGUAAAAAGACUCUUUACCCGGCCGAAGGUGUGCUGGCGUGAGAGUCUCACAGGACAGGAACCUCGAGCGAGAACUGCUAGAUGGAGUUAGUUUUUCCACUUCCACAGAAAAACAAUGCUGAACUUAUUUAAAAAUGUUUCAUUUUAAAGAAAAACUAAUUUACUCGACAGCUGCAGCAGUGCUGCACACUCACGUAACCCAACAGCUUCACAAGCUUGGUCAAACAGAUUUGUACAAAUGAACUGCAGCAAAAAUGUUCAGAAGGUUCAGAAAAUGCAAUUAGGAAUACGAAGCAUGAUGUAAAAUAAUAAAUCAUGAAGUUGCUCAAACCACAAAGCCUAGAAUUAGACUGAAUAGAUCUGCCCGUGUCCACAUUGUCACAAUAUUGAGACCGAUUCAGGUAUGAAGUAAUGUUAUCUAUUCUUUAUCCAAUAUUUAGAAUUGGACAUAUUUCCAAAGAACUUUUUGUCUCAAAAAGAAAGUUUCUUUCAGCCAGCUGAGGUCUGAGGAGAGCAGCAGAUCUAGUUGUACUUUGUUAUUUUGUUUCAGGCAAUCAUUUAGUAAACUAAUCGGUCUCUUCUUGAGCAUCCCUCUCUUCUUCUUCUUCAUGAAUCUGUAGACUCUCCUCUUAGACAAUCUGGCUGUAUGAAAACCAGCUUCCCUCUGAAGCCCUAAUUCUCUACCAGGAAGCUGCUUCUAUUUUAACAUCGCUAAGGAAACCUGGCAGGCUGUCUCCGUCACGUCGAGUGUCAUGCUGUGGGAUUACAGAACCCCGGGUUAAUGCUGACCACAGGGAGGGCUGGAGGAGGAGCGGGAGGCCAGGCAUUAUGAUUCAGCUGCGUACGUGCUGCAGCAGCAGAGCCGGCUUUGUCCGCGUGCCAGCAGUGGGACGGGCCGAGCGUCUGCGCGACACACGCAGGGAGGAGGGGCGAGGGGGGCGAGCCAACCUGCAGGAGAGCAAGUGCACAGGCUCGGCAGAGGGAGACAGGGAUGCGCGAGGGAGAGGAUGAAUCGAGCUGCGGGAAGCUUUUUUUAUUAUUAUUAUUAUUUCCCUUCUACUAGUUUAGCUGCAAAGCGGAGAGUGUGAUCCCAUUCUGCUCGGCAGCAGCGCUGUAAAGUAUAUCGGCAGGAAAUACGCUCGGAGAAUGACCUCACCGCUCUCAGGAAAUGAAAGAUGCAGGAGCGGUUGGUGACUGACCCCCCUGUGUGAUUGGCUGCGCUCUACCUCCAAAACCACCCAAGUCCACAGCUGUGACUAACAACGGUAUGAACAACAACAUGGCUCUUCAGGACGCCGAAUGGUACUGGGGGGACAUCUCUCGGGAGGAAGUCAAUGAGAAACUGAGGGACACUGCGGACGGUACGUUUUUGGUGCGGGACGCCUCGACUAAAAUGCACGGAGACUACACUCUGACGCUGAGGAAAGGAGGCAACAACAAGCUCAUCAAGAUUUUCCAUCGCGACGGAAAGUACGGCUUCUCGGAUCCGCUGACCUUCAGCUCCGUCGUGGAGCUCAUCAACCACUAUCGGAACGAGUCGCUGGCUCAGUACAACCCCAAGCUAGACGUCAAGCUGCUUUACCCGGUCUCCAAACACCAGCAGGACCAGGUGGUGAAAGAAGACAACAUCGAAGCUGUGGGGAGGAAGCUUUGUGAAUACCACGAGCAGUACCAAGAGAAGAACAAAGAAUACGACCGGCUGUACGAGGAAUACACCAGAACAUCACAGGAAAUUCAAAUGAAACGCACAGCGAUAGAAGCCUUUAACGAAACCAUUAAGAUAUUUGAGGAGCAAUGUCAGACGCAAGAGCGGUACAGCAAAGAGUACAUCGAGAAGUUCAGGAGAGAAGGGAACGACAAGGAGAUCCAAAGAAUCAUGGGUAACUACGAAAAGUUGAAAUCGAGGAUCAGCGAAAUCGUCGACAGCAAACGCAGGCUGGAGGAAGACCUGAAGAAGCAGGCGGCGGACUACAGAGAGAUCGACAAGAGGAUGAACAGCAUCAAACCCGACCUCAUCCAGCUCCGCAAGACCAGAGACCAGUACCUCAUGUGGUUGACACAGAAAGGAGUUCGACAGAAGAAGCUCAAUGAGUGGCUAGGAAUCAAGAACGAGAACACCGAAGACCAAUACUCGAUGGUGGACGACGACGAAGACCUCCCGCAUCACGACGAACGCAGCUGGAGACUGGGCAACAUCAACCGGCUCCAGGCUGAGGCCGUGCUCCAAGGCAAGAGAGACGGAACAUUCCUGGUUCGGGACAGCAGCAAAGCAGGGUGCUACGCCUGCAGCGUUGUCGUGGAAGGCGAGGUGAAGCACUGCGUUAUCAACAAGACGCCGUCGGGCUAUGGCUUUGCCGAGCCGUACAAUCUGUACGGCUCGUUGAAAGAACUCGUCCUCCACUACCAGCACACGUCUUUGGUCCAGCACAACGACUCUCUGAACGUGACGCUAGCAUAUCCGGUGUACGCCCAGCAGAGACGGUGAGGAACCCACAAACCCUGGACGUUCCCCUCCUCCACACGGACACACAGGUUUACGAACCUGGCUGGAGCCGGAGGAGACGACGUCUUGGACUCCUUGAGCAAAUACAAACAAUAAACGACAGAACGGACGCGCUCCGACUCUCGGACUUGGAAACCGGAGGAAAAGGACACAAUAAAGCCUGAAACAUUUCAGUGACUUUGCCGUAAAACCUGAGGCGAGUCUGAAUGUAGAUCUCUUUGUUUUUCUUUUGUUUUUGUGGGAGCACAGAAUCUAGCGGGAACUGCUGAACUCUCCAAGAGGAGGAUGUCUGAGGCCUUUUCCUUAUGGUGCUUGUUCGUUGUUUUGACGCUUUACCAGCCGGAAUGUUAUACCACAAAGUCAAACCUUUGAAACGGAACCGUACUCACCGGCUACGACUUGUUUUGUUUUGUUGUUUUCCUUGCAUCAUCGACGUGCAUUUGUUUCUUUCUCCCCCUUCCUUUUGUGUGUGUGUUUGUGCGGACUGUCCACGUGACCAAAACUCAUAGAAUCGAGAGACCGUGCGACGCUGGAUGGCUGGAACACAUUAGCUUGUGUUUAUCUGCUCAGCAGCAGACCAUGGAUCAGCUGAAAAUGUAGCAAAAUGGCACUUUUUUCUUCUUCUUUUUUUUUUUUUUUACACGUAAUUUUUUUUUAAAAAUGGUUUGAUAAAAAAACUCCUACGAACUUAUAAGAGCAGUGUGGAGACGGAUAAAAGCCUGCAGCCUUGUCGCUGUGGAGCUUUAGGGUGCAGAAACAAACCUGAUCUUAAAGGUGUUGGACGAGGUUGAGACUAUGAAUGGACUUACUAUUUCAUGUAUAUAUGUGAAAUUGUGCAAAGUCAUGAAACAAAGUGCACCGUACCAAAAAGGAUCAGUACCUGUUGAGUUCUCUUCUGAUCAGCUAUGCAAUUCUUUCUCCAUUUGUACUUAAGAAUUGUUUAACUGUUGCAAACACACAAUAUAAGCUUGUUUUACUGCUUGAAAAGUAUCUUUUCCUGUGUAAAAAAUAUCCAAGAGAAUAUUUUUUUUGUUGUUUCAAAAUGCCAAGCUACAGUACAAAAACGCUUCUGAUUUUUAAAGAAUAAUAGAAACGUACACUUUAUUGUAAACGACUUUAACAGCUGGUAUACAGAUGGAAAAGAUGAGUAUUUUAUUACCUUUUUUUGUUGUUUUGUUUUGCUUCAAACUAACGUUUCUCUCAGGCAGAGCCUUUUGAGUGUUUGAGCUGCUUCAGUGAAGAGUACAGAGCGAAGCCCGUGUUGGAGGAGCAGUCGGAGAACGGUGCUGGUUGGGAUUGUACGACCCCAUAUCGCCGCCCAAACAGCAGUAGAGAUUUAUUUUGUUAUAAAAUAGAUAUGUUCCCAUAUGAGAGAAUAGAAGAUCAAUUUACAUUUUACACUUUGUAUAUUUUUCUGUAUCAGAAAAUGUUUACAUGGGUGGAUCAGCUCAUUUCAGAAACUAAUUUUAAACUACUUUUUUUUUCAUAUUUUCAAAGCUGCACCGCGCAAAAGUGGCGCGAGCCCAAAAUAAUAAACGGCAACAGCUCAACUACAGAUUUUUCCUUCCUCGUUUAAAAAAAAAAAAGUUUUAUCAAAGGUUUAUAUGAGAAAGCGGUACAGGCCCAAACGACCAAUCGGAGCGCUUGUAGGUGUGACGCGUUUCCUGAAAUCUAAACAUGCACGCACGCACAGCUGUUGAGUUGACAUCUUAACAAAAAUGAGCUGGGAAUCCAGAAUGUGAUUGUUUCUGUUUUCACUAUUACGAUGGGAGUCGGAUGAUUUACCUCCCAUGUUUCACACACACACACACACAUGUCCAAACCGGCAGAGGCUGGGUGCAAAUCUGUUUUUCCCCCUGAGGCAGGAAACUGUUUCUGCGACGGUACUCGCAGUUUUGACCAAACUGCUCAUCUGAAAUUUAAUUUCUUUUUUUUUUUUAAAGCACAGUUUUGGUUUUAUCACAUUUAUAAAAGUACUAAAGACAUCUAUAAUAUGUCCAAUUUUAUUUACCUCACAACAGCUGCUGGCACAAACCUUUUAUUUCAUUAUUAUUCCCUCAGAUCACAGCCAUCAUGCACCAUCUCUGCGUCAGUGCCGGGUUGUAUGAUUGAUUUUUUUUUUUUCUUUUUUUUCUUUUUCCUGUUUCUCUUGUGUCCCACACAUGAUUGGAUUGAUAUUUGCCAGUUUUUCUCAGUUUGGCUUUGAAUCUGUAUUGGGCUUUGUUUAAAAGAAACAAAACAAAUAAAACACUUUUUUUAAUAAAAAAAAAA